AUGAUUCUAAGUUUGAAGAAAGUGUUGUACCUGGUUUUCAUCAAAACCAUCAUGUUUCUACGUAUCCCUUCUUAUAAAUUAUUCAAACCAGGAAGGUACAUCUACACUGAUAACACGAUCAAUGUUCCUUAUGACUGUAUCACUGGCAGGAACCUUACCUACUUGACUACCAGCGAAACUGAUUGCUGUCUUGCUUGUCAAACUAAUCGGCAGUUCAACUGCUUGGCGGGGAAUUAUUAUCCGGCAGAUGGCAGGUGUGAAAUUUUUGAAACCUGGUCGGAAAUUAAUUUUGCCACUGGAUGCUUGAGUUUCAGAAAAUUUGGAAUAUGUCCUUAUGGAUUCAUAUACUCCCCGGAUUACAAAACAUGUCUGAAGCUGCUUAAUUUGACCACCGUGACCAAAUAUCCCUGGAAAAUGGGGUUGGAUUUCUGCAAUAUGAUAGCCCCAAUGGCCUUCAUGGUAAAGGUUGACAAUCUUAAAAAAGCUACGUACAUCAUCAAUUUUGUAUCCAAGUUUGGACCCGGGUGCCGUCAACUAGCCGAUAACAUUGUGGCAUGGACUGGCGGUUCAAGAGAAGACAGACAGUCAGGAUCUGGAAAUUUCUACUGGUUUGGUCCGAAUAAUUCUAUGACGAUGAUAAAUAAUAUGUGGUUAGAUAUGGUUCCUGAAAGUUGUGUCGCUUUGCUGUCACUUCCAAGUGAGGGAAUGUUUUUUUCUGCAGUGUACCUUGCGGGAGAGUCUUGUCUAAAAGAAAAUUGCGUCUUAUGUGAGGCCAUUCCUAAUAUGUGA